GCAGUCAUACCAGUCAACAUGAUCGAGUCCAUGGAUACGGAAAGGAAGUAAAGGGAGCGAAUAUAGAACUAACAGAGCUACAUACUUUUCAUUAUAUUCAAGUCUCUCUUAAAUAUUUUACUGCAGUUUUAUAGGAUACAUAUAGUCACAGUCCUGGAAUAUUUUGCCUAAGUGCCGUGUAAACCAUACCUGGAUACGCAAAACGCACGGCUCCAAAGUAUUUUCUAAUGGCAGAAGACACCUGCCAUGAAUGGGAACAGGUCAAGUGGCUAACUUGCUAGCGCGAAGGUCCCUAGCAAGUUGAUUCAAACUAGUACCAAACAUAGGGGUUCUGCGUGCCUGACGGUAAUUGGAAAAUGACGUUUGGACAAGGAAUAUUGACCGAACCAAACUUUGAGGAAAUAUAUGUGUUUUUGUAAUUGGUGUGGCUAUUUACACUAGCCUAUAUAUUGUUGGGGUUUCGUUAAGACUUCGCAUUGGGGACUAUGUCAGUCAACGAGCUUUACACUAAGUACACACGGGUGUGGAUCCCCGACCCGGAAGAUGUGUGGAAGUCAGCGGAGAUCGUCCGCGACUACAAGGAGGGUGAGCCCGUCCUGCACCUGAAAUUGGAGGAUGAGUCGCCUUUGCAGUAUGCCAUUAAGCCCAAAGACAACCAGCUUCCAUUUCUGCGGAACCCUGAUAUUUUGGUGGGUGAAAAUGACCUCACUGCCCUCAGCUACCUUCACGAGCCUGCUGUGCUCCACAACCUCAAGGUCCGCUUCCUGGAGUCCAACCACAUUUAUACGUACUGCGGAAUUGUCCUGGUGGCCAUCAACCCGUACGAGCAGCUGCAUAUCUAUGGAGAAGAGGUUAUCAAUGCGUACAGCGGGCAGAACAUGGGAGACAUGGACCCCCAUAUAUUUGCAGUGGCUGAGGAAGCUUAUAAGCAAAUGGCUAGGGAUGAGAGGAACCAGUCCAUCAUCGUCAGCGGGGAGUCUGGGGCAGGGAAGACCGUCUCCGCCAAGUACGGCAUGCGCUACUUCGCCACGGUUGGAGGCUCGGCCAACGACAGCAACGUGGAGGAGAAAGUGCUGGCGUCGAGCCCCAUCAUGGAGGCCAUAGGGAAUGCCAAAACCACUCGCAAUGACAACAGCAGCCGAUUCGGCAAGUACAUCCAGAUUGGCUUUAACCGGCGCUACCACAUCAUUGGUGCCAACAUGCGCACCUAUCUGCUGGAGAAGUCACGAGUCGUAUUUCAGGCCGAGGAUGAAAGGAACUACCACAUCUUCUACCAGCUCUGUGCCUCUGCCCCCCGGUCAGAGUUCAAAGACCUGGCUUUGACCAGUGCAGAAGACUUCACCUACACCUCCAUGGGAGAGAACAUCUUCAUUGAGGGUGUCAACGACGCUCAGGACUUUGACAAGACAAGAGAGGCAUUCUCAUUACUAGGUUUCAAGGACACUUACCAAACUGGCAUCUUCAAGAUAAUUGCCGCCAUUCUGCAUCUGGGCAAUGUGGAGAUCUGUUCUGAGCGAGACGGAGAGUCAUGCCAUAUCAAUUUGAACGACCCUCACCUGGAACAUUUCUGCCGCCUGCUGGGGGUGGAGCAGAAGCAGAUGGAGCACUGGCUGUGCCGCAGGAAGCUGGUGACCACGUCCGAGACCUACGUGAAGCCCAUGUCCCUGAAGCAGGCCAGCAAUGCCCGCGACGCACUGGCCAAGCACAUCUACGCGCACCUCUUUGACUGGAUCGUUGAGAACAUCAACCGGUCGCUGCACACCGCUGACAAACAGCACUCAUUCAUCGGUGUGCUUGACAUCUACGGAUUUGAAACGUUCGAGAUCAACAGUUUUGAGCAGUUCUGCAUCAACUAUGCCAAUGAGAAGCUUCAGCAGCAGUUCAACUCGCAUGUAUUUAAAUUGGAGCAAGAGGAGUACAUGAAGGAACAGAUCCCCUGGACUCUCAUUGACUUCUAUGACAACCAGCCGUGUAUUGAUCUCAUAGAGGCCAAGCUGGGGAUCCUGGAUCUCCUCGAUGAGGAGUGCAAGGUGCCAAAAGGAACAGACCAAAACUGGGCCCAGAAGCUGUACGACCGCCAUUCCAGCAGUGAGCACUUCCAAAAGCCCAGGAUGUCCAACUGCUCCUUCAUUAUAAUCCAUUUUGCUGAUAAGGUUGAGUAUCAGUGUGACGGGUUCCUGGAGAAGAACAGAGACACUGUCUAUGAAGAGCAGAUCAACAUUCUCAAAGCCAGCAAGUUCCAGCUAGUGGCAGAUCUUUUCCAGGAUGGCAAAGAGUCUUCUUCCUCCUCCUCCUCCUCCUCCUCCUCCUCCAGCAAGUCCUCCAGGAUCAAUGUGCGUCCUGCCAAAACCAUUCCCAAAGCCCCCAACAGAGAGCACAGGAAAACAGUGGGCCACCAGUUUCGCAGUUCCCUGCAUCUUCUGAUGGACACACUGAAUGCCACCACCCCUCACUAUGUGAGAUGCAUCAAACCCAAUGACUUCAAAGAAGCCUUUUCGUUUGACUCUAGGAGGGCCGUCCAACAACUGCGAGCAUGCGGUGUCCUGGAGACAAUCCGUAUCAGUGCUGCUGGAUACCCAUCAAGAUGGACGUAUUCAGACUUCUUCAGCCGAUACCGGGUCCUCAUGAAGAAGAGCGACAUGGCCAUAGGGGACAAGAAGCAGGUCUGCAAGAAUCUGUUGGAGACUCUGAUCAAGGACACAGAUAAGUUUCAGUUUGGAAAGACAAAGAUCUUCUUCAGGGCCGGGCAAGUGGCCUACCUGGAGAAGCUCCGUGCUGACAAGUUCCGCAACGCCUGCAUCAAAAUCCAGAAGACGGUGCGAGGAUGGCUACAGAGGAUCCGCUACAGGAAAAUCCGCAAGUCCGUCAUCACCCUGCAGAGAUACGGACGGGGUUACCUGGCACGCAGGUAUUUGGAGCAGCUGCGUCUGACCAGGGCUGCUCUGAUCUGCCAGAAACAGUACCGCAUGGUGCGUGUGCGCCGCGACUUUCUGAGGACGCGGAAGGCUGUGGUCACCAUCCAGGCCUAUUACCGGGGCAUGUUCAUCCGCCGGCUCUACCACGAGUUCAUGUUGCACCACAAAGCCACCAUCAUCCAGAAGCAUGUGCUCGGCUGGCUGCAGAGGAGGAAGUAUCGGCGGGCUCGCGACGCCGCCAUCAUCAUCCAGUGCGCCUUCCGCCGGAUGCGUGCCAAACGACAGUUCAAGCAGCUCAAGAUCGAGGCGCGCUCCGCCGACCACUUCAAGAAGCUCAACAUGGGCAUGGAGAACAAGAUUGUCCAGCUGCAGAGGAAGGUGGACGACCAGAGCAAAGAGUACAAGACCCAGGCAGAGCAGUUGACCAUCACCAACAACUCCCUGAAUACCGAGGUCACCAAGCUGAACAAGGAGCUGGAGACCCUGCGCAGUCGCCAGGGCGACGGCACGCAGAUCAACACCCUCCAGGAUGAGCUGGAAAGGCUGAGGGUGGAGCUGGAGGAAGCCCACGCACACAGGAAGCAUCUGGAGGAGGAGCACAGCAAUGAGAAAUUUGGACUGGAACAGAGAGUGGAGGAGCUGGAGAAGGAGAAUGUGCUGCUGAAGGAGGAGAAAGAAGAGAUGAACCAGAUGAUCCUGAACCAGGCCAAGAGCUCAGACCAGCAGCUGAGUGUGUCCCAGAAGGAGAGCAGUCUUCAGGCAGACCUGAACGAGGAGCGCCAGCGCUACCAGAACCUGGUGAAGGAGUACUCACGCCUGGAGCUGAGAUAUGACAACCUGCAGGAGGAGAUGUCUCUGGCCAAGUUCCAGCCAGGCCACCGGAGGAACCCGUCCAACCAGAGCAGCGUGGGCUCAGACUCGCCCUACCCCUCCUUCACCCCGUCUGACGUGGGCGACACAGACGACGCGCUGCAGCUGGUGGAUGACAUAGGCGUGGAGAAGGCAGCCAUGGACAUCAGCCUGUUCAUGAAACUCCAGAAGCGUGUCAGGGAGCUGGAGCUAGAGAGGAAGAGACUCCAGAGCAGCCUGGAGAAGAUGGAGGAGCUGUCCAGACGCAAGGGCAAAGGCUCCACCUCCGAGGACGACUCCAAUGCCGACUACAACAUUCUCAAGCGGCAGGAGCUGGAGUCGGAGAACAAGAAGCUGAAGAAUGACCUGAAUGAGCUGCGCAAGGCGGUGGCGGACCGCGCGUCGGGGAGCAACGACUCCAACGAGCUGCAGGAGGGCUACAACCUGCUGCUGAGCCAGCUUAGGGCCGCCAACGAGGAGCUGGAGGUGCGCAAGGAGGAGGUGCUCAUCCUGCGCACACAGAUCGUCACCAGCUCCAAGCAGGCUGACACAAGCAACCACAUCGAGAAAUCCAAUGACGAGUCCGAAUGGAGCAACAACAAGAAGCCUGUGGACAAGGAGGAGGCCCUGCAGGCCUACAACGGCCUGUGCGAGGCCAAGAGGCUGCUGGAGGCCCAGCUCCAGUCCCAGUCUCGUCAGCACAAGGAUGAGCUGGUGGCGCUGCACACCCAGAUCGAGGUGCUGCGCGAGGACCUGGAGAAGAAACAGGAGGCGCUGAACCAGAUCAUGGCGCUGUCGCCCGAGGACAAGGUGGAGUACAGCGUCCAGCAGGAAAUCACACGCCUCACCAACGAGAACCUGGACCUCAAGGAGCUGAUGGAGAAGCUGGAGAAGAACGAACGCAAGCUCAAGAAGCAGCUGAAGAUCUACAUGAAGAAAGUGCAAGAGCUGGAGGUGAGCCAGACCACUCAGCAGGCCUCCAAAGCCCGUCCAGAGCUGACCCGGCAGGUGACCGUGCAGAGGAAGGAGAAGGACUUCGAGGGCAUGCUGGAGUACUACAAGGAGGACGAGGCCAUUCUGAUCCGCACCCUCAUCACAGACAUGACACCCAGCACUGUGUCGGGCACGGUGCCCUGCCUGCCGGCAUACAUCCUCUUCAUGUGCAUCCGCCACGCCGACUACAUGAACGACGACCAGAAAGUCCACUCGCUGCUCACCUCCACCAUCAACGCCAUCAAGAAGGUCCUCAAGAGAAACAACGAUGACUUUGAGAUGACCUCAUUCUGGCUGGCGAACACUAGCCGCCUGCUGCACUGUCUGAAGCAGUAUAGCGGAGAUGAGGCGUUCAUGACCCAGAACUCAGGCAAGCAGAACGAGCACUGCCUGAAGAACUUUGACCUGGCUGAGUACCGGCAGGUGCUAAGUGACCUCUCUAUCCAGAUCUACCAGCAGCUCAUCAAGGUGGCAGAGGGUGUCAUGCAGCCCAUGAUUGUGUCGGCCAUGUUGGAGAGCGAAAGCAUCCCUAGUCUGUCCGGUGUGAAGCCCAUGGGCUACCGUAACCGUUCGUCCAGCAUGGACAUGGAGCGGGACGGCCCGGGCGGCUACACGUUGGAGGCGCUGAUCCGACAGCUGGGCCAGUUCCACGGCACCAUGGGUGAGCACGGCCUGGACCCAGAGAUCGGUCAGCAGGUCAUCCGCCAGCUCUGCUACAGCAUCAACGCCGUCACGCUCAACAACCUGCUGCUGCGCAAGGACGUCUGCUCCUGGAGCACUGGCAUGCAGCUCAGGUACAACAUCAGUCAGAUGGAGGAGUGGCUACGGGGCAGGAACCUGCAGCAGAGCGGUGCAGCUGCCACCCUGGAGCCCCUCAUCCAGGCCGCCCAGCUGCUGCAGGUCAAGAAGAAGACGUCGCAGGACGCUGAGGCCAUCUGCACGCUCUGCUCCGCACUCUCUGUCCAACAGAUUGUGAAAAUUCUCAAUCUAUACACCCCACUCAAUGAGUUUGAGGAGAGAGUCACUGUCUCUUUCAUCCGGGAUAUUCAGAACCGGCUGCAGGACCGUGUGGAAUUUCAGCAGCAGCUGCUGGCGGACACCAAGUACGCGUUCCCCGUGCUCUUCCCAUACACACCAUCAGCCCUGAGCCUGGAGAGCCUGCACAUCCCCGCCUCACUCAGCCUGGACUUCCUCAUCCGAGUCUGAUCAGCCUGCACAUCCCCACCUCACUCAGCCUGGACUUCCUCAUCCGAGUCUGAUCAACCUCACCCAGCCACCCGCCCACCCUACCUUUCCCAUUAUGAUCCUGCAGGGUCCUAGAGAGAGCAGCUAUCCCUCCUCCCACCGGCCCCCUGUGUUCUAUAAGUCUGACUCUUAUACUAUGAGCGGAGGUGAGCUCUCUCGGUCUCAUGUCUGCUGGGUGGUUUGUUUCUACAUGCUAGGAAAGCAGGGUUGGUCAAGGGUUGGGGAAAGGGGGGGUGGGAUCACUGGAAGGGCCCAAUGCUUGCAGUUCCCUGCAGAUGCCUGCAGAUGCUAGCAGUUGCCUUGCAGUUUUCCAUGACUCUUUGGAACUCCGAUUGAUUGGAUGGGCCUGUAAGUAUGAUAUGAUCUAUAUAUUAGUAUGGGCGGAGCUUAAUGCAACAGGAUCAGCUAAAGUAGUGAGUCCUGAAUUCAAGACACUUUCAUUAUACAGAACAAUAAAGCCAGUGGUGCAGGGAACUUUUGUCACACAGUCUCACCCCUGAAUCCCCGAAGUCAGUGGUUUCGUGGGGGUUAUUUGUCUCGGUGGAGGAUGUGAUGUCGUCUGACGCCUGUCAGCCUUCUGAGAUGUGCGGCUCGAGCAGGAGAGCCCCCACGGGCUGCGCCAGUGGUGAAGAUGCUGCUGCGGCGACUCGUGGCCUCUCACGAUCCCACUCGACGGCAGGAAAUUCACAGCGCGGAGAGCGGCUCAAAGCAGCGGAAAAGCCUGCAUUGCAGUGGCUCUGUCUGGGGCCGGCGGCUCAUUAAUGUUCAAGAGAGACUCCGUCUCGUCUCUUCUCUUUUUUUCUUCUUCUUUCACUCUUCUAUUUUCUUUGAGGAUUUUUUUUUUUCCAUCCUUCGACACGAUCUCUCUGUCUUUUGUGCGCUCUGUAAAAAGCAGUCACACUUUGUAUUGUGUUUGCAUCACUCCUUUUUCAGUGUGUUUUGGGCUGCUUUUUUAUUAUUGCCUCCCCUGCAGCUAAGGUUUCUGUGUGUAUGCACCAUAAAGAGUGUUACAGCUCGCUCAGUGAGCUACAUAUAUACUUGCAGGAAAGAGCGAGAGAUAGAGGGGGCGUGAGAGAACGACAAGCAGCAAGUAGAGCACAGACACUUUCAGAGGGAGGGUGGAUGGCAUGCACUAAGAGAUGUGUAGUAGAGCAUGAGAAACCAUGCCUGUCCUGACAAGAAACUGAUGUUACACAUCGAAGGCAACGAGCAGGUGAUGGGAAGGGUUUAUCAGUAAGUGAGAAGCAAGUCAGCAGGAAGCCAGAGAAUUGGUGGUUUAGUCAGCUCCAGCGCUACGGUGACCAAGGCCUUUCACUCUUUAGUCAGCUCCAGCGCUACGGUAACCAAGGCCUUUCACUCUUUAGAGUGGGAGGGAGAGGACGGUAGGCGAGCAUUAUUGUGCCACACCACUAAAAGCGCUUUCAUUUUGUGUCACUUAGCGACCAAGCAGCAACAAUUAACACUUAUUUUAUUGGGAUUUGGACAAAGCCGCUCCAUUUGGGUUCUGCUACAGCUGCGUGUGCGAGUACCAGACAAAGCCUCCAAGAUGUAGCUGGACAGACUCGAGUGGGUGGACAGGGUGGGGUUUUUUUUUAGGAGGGUGGAGGGAGACCAGGGUCACAGGCACGCACACAGCCAGUGUUGCAUAGUAGUUCUGCAGUAUGCGCAUGCUUCUUGUGUGUAGACUGUGUUUUUUCUCUUCUGAGGAUUCUAACGAUCCCCCCCCCCCCCCAUAAUCACUGACAGUGUUUCAUGGGAGUGGAAGCCCACGGCUGAUCACUUUGGAGAGAUCUCUUCAGGACACUGUGUCUCCUUCUUACUAAUGCUUGUGUCUCAUUGCCCCAAAAAGCCUCCUGCUCUCCAAUACUCUCUCUCAUCCCCAAUGGCAAUAAAGAGCUGGGACCAUACCUUCCUGUGCUGGGCUGUUAUUGAACUUGGGUUUGAGUACAUACACACUUACGCCUCUGUGGUUUAAUUUUUUUUUUAUUAUCAAGGUAAUCUUUUUUAUUUGGUAAAGGUGGUUUUCUUUAUGCCACUCAUUUUGUGUACUUUCUCUGUUUUUUGUAUUUAUUUGAUACAGCAGGUCUUGACACCUGGCUUUCUUGGCAGUUUAAGAGGGUGCAAUAUUUGGUUUUCAACUUUUAGUAAUAAACAGGAAACACAUGAAAACACAUCAUUAAUAUUUUGUAUUUUGUACAUAUUGAUAUGCCCUCUUCUGUUAGAUUCUUGGUACUGCACACCUUGGAAAAAAAGACUCAUUGGCUGCAGAUGCCACAUCCACCAAAAUCACAUUGCCUUCAAAACACUACAUUCACAAAGUUAAUUCCUCUUAAUCAUACUACUGAAAUCUCUGUUGUUUGUUUCGGGUGCCAUCAUAUGUCAUGAUUGUGUCUUUUUUCCAUUGUCUAUAUUCCAAUUUCAAUACAAAGGUUUGUUAUUGAAGAAAAUAGAAAGGCAAGGAUGGGAAUAUUGCCCUGUUUAUGGAAAAAGCUGUCGCUAGCUUUGGAAAGUUUGGUUGCAAGUGGAGUUGCAUCUCCACUGUGUCAUCCUCCAGUUAAGCAGAAAUGGUUAAUUUAUGGAGAUGUUUUUACAUAUAAAUCUAUCUGAUUAAAUAACUUUAUUUUAGGAAAGAGUUGCUAAACUUCAGCCAUAUUUUAAUUAUUUGUGUGGAUUAGACCUGGAAACACUAACAGCACUGUUUAUUCAAGGUUUUGUAAGGAGUAGAGUUCCCUGAUUUGUUUCCAUUCUCUCAUUGUCAAGUGCAAAUUAACUAUAAUGAAGUACAUGUACAAUCUGAACAAAAGUACAAUGACUAUUCAGAAAAAUACAAUAAAAAAGCUUUGAGCAA